AUGGAAAAUAAAAACAAUGUGACUAAAUUCAUUCUGCUAGGCCUCACACAAAGUCCAGAGCUUAGAAAAAUUUUCUUUGUCAUUUUUUUAAUCAUAUAUGUUAUCACUGUCAUGGGGAAUCUGCUCAUUGUUUUAACCAUGACAGCCAGCCAAACUUUGAGAUCACCCAUGUACUUUUUUCUAACCUUCUUGUCCAUCAUGGAUGCUACCUACUCUUCAGUGAUUGCUCCAAAGAUGGUUGUGGAUUUACUCUAUGAGAAGACAACCAUCUCUUUGGAAGGCUGUCUGACCCAACUCUUUGCAGAGCAUUUUUUUGGUGGUGUUGGAAUUAUCCUCCUUGUGGUCAUGGCUUAUGAUCGCUAUGUGGCCAUCUGCAGACCACUGCACUACAUGAUCAUCAUGAAUCCUCGUGUGUGCCACCUGCUGAUGGCAGCAGCCUGUAUAGGGGGCUCAGUACAUGCCACCAUACAACUCCUCUUCAUAGCCAAUCUUCCUUUCUGUGGCCCUAAUGUUAUUGAUCACUUUAUGUGUGAUUUGUUCCCAUUGCUGAAACUGGCCUGCAUGGACACCCACAUUCUUGGCCUGUUAGUCAUUGCUAAUAGUGGAGUAAUGUGCUUGUCAAUAUUUCUCAUACUAGUUGUCUCUUAUGUUGUUAUCCUCUCUUCUCUGAAGGGUGGCAGUUCAGAAGGAAGGAGAAAGGCCAUUUCCACCUGCAGCUCUCACUUCACAGUGGUGGUCUUGUUUUUUGCCCCCUGUAUAUUCUUAUAUGUGAGGCCAGUAGCCACUUUUCCUAUAGAUAAAGCUGUAGCUGUAUGUUUUACUAUGAUUACUCCUAUGUUAAACCCCUUGAUCUAUACCCUUAGGAACACAGAGGUUAAAAAUGCCAUAAAGAAACUCUGGAUCAGAUGA